GCGAACGGUUCAGGACAGAUUGAAAAUGGCGAUUAUGAAGUUUAGUGUCUGAGUUCUGUGGUAUGGACUUUUUAAACUCUCUUAAUGAUUGCUAAAUAAGUUCGGGCUUGUUCAUUUCGCUCAGUGACGCGCGAAAAACUUAAAUGUAACCAAUCUUUGACGUCCUUUAAUUUGAACUCUUCUAGCUCGCAUGACGAUGGUUGAACAGCAUGUUGCAGUUAGCAUUGAAAUGUGAAGUUAGCCAACAUAAACGGCUUUUAGCGUCCAGUGAAUUGAAUUGCAUCUACUAAGACACCGACAGCGGACCAAGACGAAUCAGUUUUAAUGGGAUAUCGUUGAAGUAAAGACUCGGGAGGCAGUUUGUCGUCGUAACGGUAUGGCUCUGCACAAUUUAGUUUUUGUUAUUGAUAUCGAUAAUGAAAAUUAUGAGUCAGGUGAUCGACUGGAUGUCAGGAACCAAUGUAUUAAACGAGGAAUAUUACAGAUCCUGCUGUAUUUUGGCUACAAAUAUGGAUUUGAAAAGGUGCGCUGGGGCUAUAAAUUCUUUCAGUCCAAGACAGGCCGUAAUGCCAGCUUCAUAUCCAGAGUGUCGGACUUCAAGGAGCUUCGGCACAAAACAUUUGAGGACUUUGAGCAAGAGUUUGAAGCGAAGGAUACAAUGUGUCCCUCUCAUCAGAAGCAGCAAUACAAUCGAUCGGUUUCAGUUCAAAACGCUCUAAAAGAGGCUCUGCUGGAUUUCCAGUGGGACAGACCAGACAUCACCUCUCCCACGAAAGUGUCACUCAGGCCCAGGAAGUUGAGUCGUGGUGGAAAGGCCAGUCUAUCACAGGAAGAUUACAUUUCAACCAAUGGAAGAAAUUUUGUGUUCAUUGUCUCGCAGUGUCCAUUAUCAAGGACACAACUUGUGGACUACCUUUCUUUGAAAGAUGAUGGCCUGCCAACAGAUGUGACAGAGUAUAUAAUUUCUAAAAGCCUUAAAGACAUGUUGUUUCAGCGACAAGUUGUCCUCCACUGGAUUGACAGUAGUUCACAUAUUCAGGUUGCAAGGUGUAAGGACUACCUUGGCUCUGACAAGCUAUCUGAGGUGCUAACUCAGGUGGGUGGCAGAGUAUUCCCUGUGGUUGCACUUUUGAACCUCUGCUGGGAUCACAAAUCUGACUUGGGAUUCACAAGAAAGGCUUUUGCGUUCAAGUCCAGCAUUGGAUUCAUCCUGUCUUCUCAAAGGCUCUACCGCCUGGUAUUUCCUGCCUUUGGUGCUGUCCUGAAGUGGGAACAAGGGAAUGUAACACAGAGCUGUGGUGUCACGAUGGAGCCGGUCUCUCGCAGACAGAGGCUUGUCCUGGAGUCUGUCGAAGUGUGUCUAAAAGGAGUGCUACGGGGAUGGGAUGAUUCGUCACUUACACAGACCUCCACUGAGUCAUGGCUGCUUCAGGGCUCCAGUAGCAGUGACCAGGGAACUACCGCCUUCCAGCAUCUCUUAAUGGAACUGUCUGCCCGUGGCCUUCACAUGUUUGCUGAGGUGUACGACAACGGGUUGGUGUAUUCAGCUGUAUUCUCCCCACAGUCUCAGUCCACAGCUCUGCUCACCAUUCUUCAGCCAGUUCUCACUCAGCAUGAGCAGCUCCUGAGGAAAGACAACAUUGUUCCUGUCAUGGCUGAAACCUCUGCUGACCUGCCAGAUGUAGUAAACAGUGUUCUGGGAGUAGUUUAUGACAUCAUGAAUGAGGAUGGUGAUGACGACAAUGAUAAGUUCAAGGAUCAUCCAGUUCCUGAGUGGGCUCAGCAGGAAUUCAGCCGUAACCCGGUGACAACAAGCAUGUUGGAAACCUGGUUUCCUCAGUCAGAUUACUCGGGAGUGAGCUCUCAUUUGAUGGAGUCAUUGAGGUUGCUGCAUGCAGUGCCAGAGCAAAGAGAAGAAGAAUCGUCUGUCCCUCAGCAGGAACUGAUAGGUGGUCUGUCUGAACUGUAUAAAACAUCACAGGACUCGGUCAACAAGAAGGGCAAGAAACGUGGCGCCAACUGCACACCAGUGAAACAGAAGAUGAAGACCAUGAGCCGUUCUUUACAGAUGUUGAAUGUGGCACGCCUGAAUGUCAAAGCCCAGAAGAACCAAACCGAGGCUGAGCCGCUGGUGACUGAGAGUAGGGUGGGAGGCAGACCAGGAAAGAGGACAUUAAGUGACAGGAGCAAGCCCCUAGGAGCAAAUACUAUGAAUUUUCCUACUGAGGCAGAGCUGCUAGCCUAUCUGAAGACCUGUUAUAACCAGACUCUGACAGAGAGAGAUUCAUCUCUCAUAACAGGUGUUCAGCAGCUUCUCACUGCUGUUAAAACCUUCCUUGUGGCAGAAUCAGACUUGGAGGUCAAGGCCUCCUUGUUCGUUCAACAGCACCUCUUUAAGACCAGCAAAUCAAUCCGACAGCAUUACGGAGUCGCCGGUGAUGUUGAUAACAAAGUCAGAGAGUGCCAACUGCAAGUGGUGUUGAGGCUGGAGUUGUGCAAACCUUUUACUUUGAAGCCGCCUGACUCACUGGAUGUUGAUCAGAUGGCAGAGGAGGCAGCCGAGAUGCUCAGAAUAAUUUCACUAACCAAAGACCCCGUUUGCCUGGCAAGGUUCCUUCAAGAUGAGGUCCUCCCAGGGUUCCUGACUGCUGUUCCCAGAGUGCUUGCAGACAUCUAUCAUAGUCUGGGUACUCAGCUACCUGAAGCAUUGUUAGCUGCUCUGCCUGCUGAUUUCUUCAGUGAUGAAUCAGUCGCCAAGGACAGCAUUUCCCCUUCUGCCUCUUCACCUCCCGUCUCAACACACGGCCUGCUCUCAGAUGGCAAAGAUGGCUUGCAGGACCUGAGAAAUCGCUCAACCAAUAAGAGGAGGAGUGGAAUGUUGACCCGUCAUCGAAGUAUGACUGAAUCAUCUCAGAGUCUUCGUCAAAUAGAGAUGCCCAAGAAAACUACAAAAGCACCCAAAUCAUCAGCAUGUGCUGCUUUGGAGAAACCUGCAGCCAAGCUGCAACCUCAAAAACAAGAAACACAAGAGGUGACCAAAGUGAGAAGAAACCUCUUCAACCAAGGGAUUGUGUCCCCCUCAAAGACAGCAAAACUGCCAAGAAGCCAGUCGGUGUCUACUGUGGAAGGACUGAAACGCAAGCGUUCUCAUGAAUCUGAAGAGAGGCACAAACUUCUUACAAAGAAAGUGUGUGAAACACCGCUUCACAAACAAGUGUCCAGUCGCUUCUUACACCUGCAGAAAAUGAGAAGGAGAUCUGAUAUUACUGAGGAAUGCGUUGUGGAGGAAUCACCAGUAAAACCCGCAGAAGACCUGAGGAGGAGUCCGAGGAUAAAGAAGCUUGCUAGAAGACAUUCGAGUACCUUCUACUUAGGCUCUCAGCCUCGCUCCCGCAAUCUGGACAAAGCUCUUUCUUCAUCCCAACUUGCACUCAGCGAUGGUAAAGUCUGUGAAGUCAACCUGAAAACAGUCCAGUCUCCCAUGCGUCUUCUUUUUGGGGCUGCUAAAUCUCCCAUUCGUCCCCCAAACCUCCCUGACGGAGUCAGGAUCACCAGGUCUCGGUUGUCCACAGACUCUAGUGUCUUUGAGAGUCCAAACAAAACGCCAACAAAGUCACCCAGAAAACAUGGGAGCCCCAUUUUGGGGAAUUUGUCUCCUAGGACCUCCAGGACCUCUGGGACACCUAGAACGCCCAAAACCCCACCUUCAACCAAAAUGUGCAUUGCAUCUGUUGCAGAGAGUCCUGUAGCAGGGGGUAUGUCUCUGAGGGGCAGUCCUUUCAGAUCUCCUGCCAAAGAGCCUCUUGUUGUAGAGACGCCUACUAAGAAAAGCCCAGUGAGGAGCCCUUUGAAGGGUAUUCUCAGGACUCCAGUCAAAGCUUUAGGGCAGCACAGCUCCUUCUCUGGAUCAUGUCUCAACAGCCCAGUGUCCAGGACUCCAAAGAAGAGUGUUACGUGGUCCCCUUCUCCCCAGAAAUGUCGAGUGGUGAAGAACAGUGCUACUUUCAAAGUACCUGAAUCACCCAAUAAUGCAUCUUGCACUUCUCUGAGACUGUUGAAAACACCCAAUAAGUCCAGCAGUCCUGUCCAAAGCACAAACACUAAAAAAGACAUUUUCAGAACCCCAGAUAAAAUCUGUCAGGUAAACCUAGUGAAGAUAUCUGAACAAGCCUUUCAGACAUCAGGGAAAAAUCUUCACUCCUCUGAAAAUCCCAACAGAUUUAUAAAUCCAGGACAGAGUGAUGCUUUUAAUGUCAUGGAAACUCUUUCUCAGCUGUCCACACCCCCUUCAGACCAGCAUAUCCUGCCUCAGCCCAACACUAGUAUUAGAGCCAAAACCCUUAGUCCCACUCACCAAAUGAUUACUCGUUCUGGACGAACCCCUGGGAAAAGUUUCAAUGCAACACCUCCUUGUGAUCCAACACUUCCACCAUCAGAAGGGGCUAACUUUUUAGUGGAGUCAGGUUCUCUACUCAAGUCUGCAGAAUACUUGACAAGAACUAAGUCUGGUCAAGAAGAUCAAAUAACUAGGCACAACUUAAGAUCCCGAUCCAGUCAAAGUCUUGCAUCUGAACUAAGAAAUGCUACAGAAUCUGCUGAGAACCUUUUGGAGAAAAACCUGCAGUCACAUACAAAAGGAGAGGUGCAGACCGAAUCAUUUCAGUCCUCUGACGCAGACUCAAGUCUCCAUACAGAAUCACAGGAAUUUGACUCUUCUCAGGGCAAUUCUGCCACCACAGACAGUGAUAGUUUGGAUAUAGUCGAUGCUGCCGUUGUAAAGACCCAGUAUAGUGGAGGCCUGAAAAUGAACAUUAGCUUUACAAGGAAACCUUCAUUGUCUAAUGAAGAUUGUCAGUCAAACACAGUUUCUCCUAAACUUGUGCCAUCUCAAAGUACGCCUACCCGGAGCUAUGGCUUCCGGCAGACCCCUGACCGCCAACAGAGAGAAGCUGCUGCUCGUUUAGGAUACGAAAAUUAUUCCCCUCGAUUUUCAACUCCACGAGGUGCAGCAAAGCCUCACAGACGAAAAGGCGCAGCUACUCCAAAUGUUCUUACCUACCAAGUGGAAUUAGAAAUGCAGACUUCAGGGAUUCCCAAACUCAAAAUCAAACGCACAGAUUCUACAAGUGCAGAUAUUGCCUCAGAUGGAGGACCUUCAGUGGGUGUGAAACCUCAUUUAGAAAGCCCUUUGUCUUUAUUUUCCAAACACAAAGAUCCCGGAUGUGUCUCACCAUCUGUGUGUGCUCACGUCACCCCAGCUAAAAGCACACCUGGAAAAGGGAGCAUCCAGACCUACAUCUGCCAGUCCUAUACCCCUACACGACAUCCUGCAGCAACCAUGUCUCCCAGGGCAAUUGCUGCAGAAGUCAUUCCCCUCACUCCUUCUCCUCAGAGUGUGGGGAAAGUGACUCCAGACAACCUCAAUAGCUGGCCUCGCAGGAAGAAAGCCCAGAUUGGAGUGCUGGGUCCCAAAGAUUGUGGUCUGAAGGGGGAGCUGCAGCUCGAAGAGUUGCUGGAGGAGGCUGAGCUUGGAGUUUGUCGGUUGCAGGACUUUGAGGAAAGUGAUGACCCUUCAAGCAACAAAGCAGAAAAAAUUACUGAAACUUCUAAGCAGUCACCCUCAGCUGGGGCAGAUGUGUUUCCUCUGUCACCACUAGAGGAUUUGUACUGGGUGGAAAAGUUGGCUGAACAGUCUGACUCCUCUGAACUUCAGAAAGCUCAAGAAGAAAUCAUCUGGACCUCUGAAAAUGGGGAUGUCAAGUCAACAGUGACAUCUCCCAGCUCAAAGAUGAGAAAACCAGUGACACCAAGUGGUAUUUUGGCCCUCACUAAGUCUCCAUUGUUGUUCAGGGACAAAACAGGUUCUGCUCGUAGGAGAACACCAAAUUUUAAAGAUGAAGCUGCAUCAGGGAGGACAGAGGUAGAUGGAUUGGACCUCGCCCCUUUCAGCCAACCAGUCAGACGCUCAAACACAGGGAAGACCUACAGCAGAAAGAGACUGAUUCAUUGAACACCCCACCCCCCACCCCUCAAUCUAAAAAAAUAGAA